AUGUUGACCAAGAGACCACGCCGGAGUAUGCCCAAGGUCCGCACUGGGUGUUCAACCUGCAGGACACGUCGGAUCAAAUGCGACGAGCAGCGGCCCGAGUGCCGAAAAUGUGUCUCCACUGGGCGGAACUGCCCAGGCUAUUUAGUCCCGAUCCACCAACCACCGGCGAUCACAAUAUACAAUAUCCCUUUCAAAGUCCCUGGCAGUCGAUCUGAUCGAGAAUUGCUUCAUUUCUAUCACUGCAAGGCAUCCGAGAGUCUAUCUAGAUUCUCAGACUCGACACUAUGGAUUGACUUCAUGAUGCAGCGCAUGCAGCACCAACCGGUGAUCCGCAACGCGCUUGUCGCGCUCAGCUCCUUAUAUAAAGACUUCCUGCAGCCGGGAAGAUCUUGUUUAAGUGGGUCCCCACAACAUAUCGUGAUCAUCACCAAGGCACACAAACAAUUACGCACCCAUCUUCUCUCGCGUGACGCCUCGCCCGAGGUGGCGCUCAUCUGCAGCCUCAUCUUUUACAUUCUUGAGUGCCUUGUCGGUAACUCACAACAAGCUAUCUGGCAUCUAGAUCAAGGAUUGAUUCUCUUGCAACGAUGUCAGCGUGAAUACCCAGGUGCUGUCUCUGCGCCAGAAUUUGGUCACUUAAUGGCAGUCUUCUCGCGCCUUGAUAUCCAUGCCAGCAUCUUUGAUAGUGAACGGGUUCCAGUCUUGAAUAUUGUCAAAUCACUGGGAUUCUUACCCACUGUGCCAGACGCUUUUGUUGAUUUGUCUGAUGCGGAGCAAUCACUGACUGUCAUGGAAAACCGGCUUAUGCAUCACAUCAUCUCUUCGCUUGAGCACAGAGAGAAGGCUGAAGAGGAAAUUCCUUCGGAUAUUAUACAGGAGAGGCAUCAACUGAAGAUACAAUUUCAGCGACUAGAGUGUGUGAUCGAGAACCUGUUACUUGCAGUACAAGAAGAAGCCCAGAACCUCCAGCGACAACAGCGUGUGCUGCUACUACAUAUCCAAGCAAUGAUCUUCCAUGCAGCCCUACUGGAAAAUCUAUGUCUUUAUUCGGACAACACAAAUUUAACGAUAGAUGCUAACCGCAGGUUUCAUCUUGCUCUCUCCAAAAUCAAGACAUUAUUGUCGUCUUGCCCCGAGUCCCACUCUACCUCUUCGAAUCGAGAAUUCACAUUGUCGACAAACAUUAUUGCUGUGCUAUACUAUAUAUGCAUGAAGACCAAGAAUCACCGCAUCUUGAAAACGGCGCUAUCUCUCAUCCAGGGUUGUUCGGUCUCGACCCGUGAUGGCCUCUGGGAUGCUAGCACAGCGGCAAGUGUUGUGCAAUCCUUGGUCCCGUGUGACUCUCAUGAGGAUGACAACUCAGAAAUGAUCAAACUGGAGGAUGUCGGCGCUGGAAUUGUGGACACAAGUGGUGGCCUUGAGGAGGCUUUUAGAUUGCUUAGGAUUAUGGAGAGCUCGGGGCCCGAGAUCAUAAACAUCGAAGCAGCCUAG